UGAGUCUUGUUUACCACUGGCUGAAGACGCACCACAACAUCAGGAAGUAGCAUUAGCCACAUACAUGGUGGUGGACAUGUGUGUUUUAUUAACAUUAUAGUACGCAAAUGUCCCAUAUUUUGUUCCAUAGACGAGCUAUUAAAUCUAGUUAAGGAGGAAACCGAUGCCUUCGCAGCCAGAAUAAAGGAUGCUUUAUGUAUGUCAGACCAUGGAGGGGACACGAGUGUAUUACCGUCGAGGCUGACAGCGUUGGCACCUAGAGGUAAUACGACAUCAGGAAGAACUAUGCCCACUAGAAGUCUCGGCGCUAGGAGACAGCUCACUGCAGAAUGAGUCCACACAGUGCUGCCAGAGUGGUGGUGGUUGGUGCUGGUCUAUCAGGCUUAUCUGCAGCUUCCACCCUGGUGAAAGCUGGCUUUCGGCACAUCCAAGUCCUGGAGGCUAUGGGCAGGCCCGGAGGCCGAGUCUACACCACAAGACCCUUUGGCCAGAAUGUAAUUGAGCUGGGGGCCAACUGGAUCCACGGUCAGGCCAACCCUCUCUUCCUGCUAGCCCAGGAGCAGGGCCUGCUGCUGGAGGAGAGAGGCUCAGCCAGCAUCAUGUGCCUGCCAGGCUCUGUCACCCCUAGGGACUACUUCUUCCGGGAAAGCAGGCGACAGCUUCCGGUGGACGAGGUGGAGCAGGUGUGUUCCUUUUUCAGCGGGCUCACCUCCAGGGCCUUCAAAUCAGAGUUGGAGCCUAGGCACAGCAGUCAGAGCCUGGGGGGCUACCUGGACGAGGAGUUCGCCCAGUCACCCCUGGCGGCCUUGGAGGACGGCCCGAGGGUAUUCGAGUGGUGCAAGAGGAGCGAAUGCACGGAUGAGGCCAGCUCCUCCCUCUAUGAGGUGUCUGCCUCGCAGCUGGGUCACUAUGUGGCCUUGGAGGGGGGCUUCUUCAAUUCUCUGGGCCCCGGAGGCUAUCAGGCCCUAGCAGACACCCUCUUGGACAACCUUCCGCCUGGAGCCUUGUUGUGUGACAGGCCGGUACACAGCAUCCACUGGGCCCUGCAGGAGGAGAAGAACCACACCCGUCCAGUCAGAGUGCUGUGCCAGGGGGGCCAGUGCUUCAUGGCAGACCACGUCAUCGUGACCGUCCCUUUAGGCUUCCUGAAAGAGAAUGCAGUGGCCAUGUUUGAGCCAGCCCUCCCCAAGUCCAAGGCCGACGCCAUUGAGAGACUGGGCUUCGGCACAGUGGACAAGAUUUACCUGCGGUUCGAGGACAGGUUCUGGCCCCACGACUGUGCCGGGAUCCAGCUGGUGUGGGACGCUGGGCCCGAGGAUGAGGAGGUAUACCAGCACUCUCAGUCAGAGGGUGGGGCCUGGAGAGACAUGUGGUAUAAGAAGAUCUGUGGCUUUGACACGGUGGCCCGCCAUCCCACAGUCCUCUGCGGCUGGAUCACCGGCCGGGAGGCCCGACACAUGGAGAGCCUGGACGAGAAGAUAGUGGGAGAGGUGUGUGUAAGAAUGCUCAGGUCCUUCACUGGCUGGUCAGUACCAGAGCCAGCCCAGGUCCUGAUGUCCAAGUGGGGGAGUGAGCGUUUUGUCCGUGGGUCAUAUACGUACCCCCCUCCAGGAGUGGACGCUGUGAGGGAACACACAGCCCUGGCAGCCCCUCUUCCUUUGCCCUGUGAGGCUGGAUACUCACAGGCAAAGCCUCUUCAGGUGCUGUUUGCUGGCGAGGCCACCCACGUGAACUUCUACACCACCACUCAUGGGGCCUACAUGACGGGCAUCAGAGAAGCACAAAGACUCAUUGACCAUUACGCCGAUAGUGAGCCCCGAUUCCUCUAACGAGUGAUACACAAAAUGCCUCAUUUACUAAGAACUCUAGCUUGUCAGCAGGUUACUAAUACUGAUGAAAUUACCAUGAAUUGUUUUCGAUAUCUAGUAAGCAGCUGCUUGAAAUCAUUAGCCACUAUGAAUGUCGCCACUAUGGAUUCAGCUGUGGACUUUGGUCACCAUCAUGCGAUUGUGUUAAAGUUGAAGUGCUUUGUAAUUGUAGUUGUAUGUCACAGUAUCAGUUCUUUCUUUUAGGGAUUGGUUAGCAUACUAAGAUUGCCUGACUCAUAAUGUAAUGACCUUUUUCCUUUUUUCGUGUAACUUGAAACCUUAGCUGUCAUUUUAAAUGACACCUUUUUUGUUGUUGACAAAUACAUUUUUUUGUGGGAUGAAUAUAUUAAUUGGAUCCCAAUUAGUUAUGCCAUACUGCCAUUUGUUUUCACAUUAAAAUUUGAUGCACAUAUCA